UUUGGCUGUUGUUUAUAAUGGUUUUAAACAGUUUUAAAAAUAUGAGUAUAUAUGUUUAUUAUAUAUUUGAAAAUAGUUUGAGGUCUGAUGUAAUUGUGGUAAUUUAAAAUUAAAAGUAGUAAAUAAAAUAGUAAAUAAAAAUGUUUGCAAAAGGUGUGAUGAAAAAAAAAGACACUAAAAAUAUAAUAGCUUCUUAUUUGUCUAAAAUAGAGGACGAUGAAAUAAAGUCUGAGUUGGAAGCAAUGUCGGGGUUAGAGUAUAACCUCCAUGGAGGAAAAGUAACUGACAAUAUUAUAUUUUCUUCAGGUAAAAAGACUAAAGUAAAUGCAGCUAAAGAAGCGAUCAAGGUGAGCGAAAAAAAUACAAUGGAUAGUUUUAAAGCCGGUGUGAAAGACAAAAUAGAAGUUGAGUCACAGAUACCCUCGUAUAUGUCUUCAAAUGUAUCAGCAGCAGAGCUAAAAAAAAUAAUACAGCAAGUGGGUAAUAGCUCUGAAGAUCGGUACAAAAUAUUGGAGGCACGGGACCGUUUGAUGCGGUUGAAAAAAGCCAAAAUUCACACGCUUUCAAUGGCUAAAGUCACGCGGGGAACGUGUCCGGACAUGUGUCCGGAGAAGGAGAGACUUAUGAGAGAAUUCCAGAGGCAGGUUUCAGCUUACGAGUUAGUCGAAGGUAAUGAAUAUAAAAUAGAUCAUCAGAUCGCGGUGAAACAGUACUCAAGAUCAUCUGCUGAUCAGGAGGAGCCAAUGCCCCAGGACUUGAGGCCUGUCAAUGUGCUAAAGAUGACGAUGAGUUACUUGCUGCAUGAAAUCGCCGACUUGUGCGAGCAAGAAGGCUCCAAUCUCGCUGAAUGGUACCAUUUUAUGUGGGACAGAACACGUGGGAUAAGAAAAGACAUCACGCAGCAGGAGUUGUGUUGUCUGGAAUCAGUAGCUCUGGUGGAACAGUGCGCCAGGUUUCAUAUCGUGUCCAGUGAACGUCUUUGUGCUGAAGAGCUGUCAGUUUUUGACAGCAAAAUAAACACUGAAAACUUGACCAAGUGUCUGCAGACACUAAAGUACAUGUACGCUGAUCUCAGAGAAAAAAAAAUCUUCUGCAAAAAUGAACCUGAAUUUCGUGCCUACAUUAUUUUAUUAAAUUUAAACAACACAAACUUUAUUUGGGACUUGCAGACACUACCGGAAUCCAUAAGAAAAUCAGCGCCAGUUAAUUUUGCUAUCAAAGUUCAUGCCUCGAUCCAGGCUAAGAAUUGGGUCAAGUUUUUUAAGCUGGUCAGAAGUACGACCUACUUGAAUGCUUCUAUAUUGAUAAGAUAUUUUUUGCAAGUAAGAGUUGAAGCAUUGUCUGUCAUGAUAAAAGCAUACUGCAGGACGACGUCAAUUUCGUUUCCGCUGUAUGAGUUCAUUGACAUGCUGGGAUUCGAAGACGAGAACGAAGCGAUUGACUUUUGCGAACGAGCUGGUCUUAAUAUCACUGAAGAUAGGAUGUACAUAUUAUUGGACAGAAAGAACAUUUGUUUGCCGCCGCCAGUUUCCGGUCAUUUGAGAGCUAAAAGCCUCGUCGAGUCCAAGAGAAUAAACAUGAAUUACUCGAUUGGUCAGUGUAUUGCUGGAGGGACUAUGCCUGAGCAAUUGUACAUCAAUCAUAAGCCUCACUGCAGCUUCGACGCCCAGGGCUACCUUAGAGCUGAUGCGAUCAAUGCUUCUGAUCAGAAUGGAGAAGCUGAAGAGGUUAUUGAAGAAGACAUGGAAGAAGAAGAAGAAGACUAUGAGGAAGAAAUUGAUGAAGAAAUGGCUGAAGAGGACAAGGAAGAGAUGGAGGAAGAGCUGGAAGAAGAAGAAGAAGAAGAAGAGACUGAGGGAACUGAUGAUCCCUAUGAAUUUAUGGAAGAUACUCCAGAUGCUCCGUCAGUUCAGAAACUUGAGCGUAAGCCGACGAUUAACUUUUCGGAUGCCUUCAAACAGAGUAAGGCUGUUACGUCACACGAUCAAAACUCGACUAAAGUUUCGGUGGAAGACAAAAAAAUUCAGUCAUUCAAAGUCACAGAGAGUUCCAAGACAAAUCAAAUAUUCAACUCUUCGGUAUUUGCUCAGCCUGUCGGCAGUCCUUCACCUUUUGCUACGACGACUGCAUCAAAAAGUAUUUUCACUGAAACGCCUUCUGUAAAUAUAUUUUCUAAGCCAACCUCUGCAUUUUCUGCAUCACAGUCCGUAUUUUCUGGUCAAUCGACUUUAAACAAUCAAACUUCUGUGCUACCACCAGCAACUUCAUCAAUAUUUAGUAAUAACUUUAAAAAAUUUGAACCAAGUUCUACACCAGCUCCUGCUGUGGUUGUGAAUGCGGAGUUGGAGGAGAAGAAAAAGAAACAGAAGGAAGAAGAAGAAAGAGCACAAGUACUAAAAAAAAUUGAUAAGGCUGCUGAGCAAAUUGCUAAAGAAAUAGAGCAGGAAGUCAUCAAUGAUCUGAGUGCCACUGUCCUGAAGGAAGUAAUCGAGGAAUCCAAACUUAUUGACAAACAUUGCGAGAAAAUUUAUGAAAAUUUACUCAAUCAGGUGAUAAAUGAUUGCUGCAGAUCUAUUUUGCAGCACGAGUUGUACAUUGAAAGAAAAGUUAAAGAGCUCAGUGAGCGUGUGAAGAAUAGAAUUGUGUGCAAGUACGUUAAGAUCUGGCGGAAGCGGGUCAUUAGGGGAAAGUUUCAACGAAAAGCUCUGGACAACACUCCCGUUUGGUUGCCUCAUCAAAGUCUAGGCCAGUGUGCCAAGAGUAUGUACAAUAAGGAGCAAAAAUUAGCCAUCGAGCUGAUGCGGAAUCGUCUUCUGUCUGACGACUCCGAUGACAGAAAAUACAUUGAUCCCGUAGAAGUGACAGCGUACCAGGGAAUAAAAGAAAAUUCAAAGACACUCGACAUUGAAACGACACCCGUCUCCUACUGGAAAAUGAUCAUCUCGUGGCCUUCAUUAGAGCAGCGACCUCUUCUCCGUAGGUACCAGAAAAUAAUGAACCAGUAUCUCUGUCCGCGAGACCCUUCUAUGGACCCGAUUAUAAAAAUCUACCCGCCAAAUCCGUAUGAAACCUUGGCGAUGUGCAUAAAAAAUGCGGAAGGUUCUCUGGAAGAUCAUCAUUACACUGGAACAGAUGGAUUAUUUUUUAUCGCGACCACGGACGAAGACGCCAAAGCCGUUGCUCGAAGACUGACUAAAACCGUCCUGGCUAGACAAAAAUUGAUGGCCAUCCCCUUAGUUUUUAUAAUAAUCGGAGCGAAUGCUAACGCAGAUAUUGAACCCAUUGCGGAGCUCAAGAGUCUCGUGAAGUCUGGGUACAUAUCAGAGUACGUAAUUCAUAAUGAAAAAAUAAUCGACGAGAGUAUUUUGUUAAAAUUAACCCAGACUGCCGUACGGUGGCUGACAAUAAACAAGUCGCCGCCCGUCCCCUUGGAAAUGGACUCGCUUUAUCAAGUUAUCGACACCUGUUUGACUGAGGAACUGUGGCUCAGAAUAACUGGUCAUGCUGCCUAUAAUUCAAUUCUAUCAAGAGCACUAGAAGAACCGAAAUUUGUAAUUGAUCUCCACAAUGAAACUAUCAGUCACUUGAUUGAAAUUUUACUUGAUCCAGAGAACACCAUGCACACAAGCUUUCCUGAUGAAUUAAAACCAUUUUUACCAAAAGAAUUUACACUGCCGUGUACUUAUGAGUACUUUGAUGACGACUGGAAGAAUGAGGAGCACAGAGUACUUGUUGAAAGGAUCAUCAAUAAUUUAUCUCUGCCACCAUGGCCAUUCCAGUGGCCUAUUCAUGAUUCAGCGCAACUUCAUAAGUCCAUCAUCAGCUACAGCAAAGAAGCCCUGAAGGAAAACUAUCAGGCCUCGAAUAUCUUCAACAAAUUAUUUCUGCUUACUGACAAAAACUACGUGAUUAAUUUCAUUCAGAUCGUUAUUGAAAUAACGAAACAUAAAAUAAAGAGGAUCGAUCAACAAGUCCGAGUGGUCUUUAAUAAAAACCACUUUAAACACUUUUGUUUAUUACCCUGGUGGCUAAAAUCGAGCACUCUGAUGGACUUCAAGCCCAAGUUUGUUGAAGAUCCGCUCGUCGAGCCGAGGAUUAAGAAACAGAGACUAGCAGACCAUAAAAAUGAAGCUGCUGAGCAUAUUGAGAAGUACGAAAGCUUUUGUUCGAUUGAUGACAAAUCGGAUGACGACACUGAUAACGAAGACAUUCAUAACGCUUCCGUAAAAUUAGAAGCUUUGUUAUCACAACACUCAUUAUCUAGUCAGUUGUUGGAGGAAAAAUUGAAAGCGGCCUUAUGUAAUAACUGAUAAAUGGAAAUUAGAUUUUUUACUCUUGUGGAUUAUCAAGUCUUCGAUAAUUUUAACCACGUUUUUGAUUUUUUAUUUUCUGAUUAUGAAUUUUUUUUGUUUUUAUAUAUAUAUUGGAAAUAAUGUACCUUGUAUAUAUUUACAACAAAAGGUAGAAAAAAUAGUGAUAAAUAUUUUCUUAAAUAAUUACAAUAAAAUGAUGUAUCAAAAAUAUGACCACUC